AUGCUGCCUGGGUCAGUAUCGCCACGGUUAAGUGGCCAUCCUCAAUUGUAUCGCAACAGCAGGCCGUUCCCCGUUCCGCCAGUACCUGUAGGCAAUGGCAAUCACAGCCACGAUACAGCUUUCGCAAACCAAAUCCCGAGUAUCGCACAUACACAUAUGGACUGGCAGUCACCUAUACCGGGCCCAGAAGCCAAUUCAAUGCAUCGCCCAAAUUACGCCUAUCCCGACUCGGGAGCGAAUAACUUUGGUCACAGCUACAACAACCAGUACGGUUCAAGUUUUGCGCCAGCCCCUCAGCCACCUCAUCCGUAUUACCCAUCAUCAACAAGGCGAGGCCACCUUUCGACUGCCUCCAUAACAACCAGAAGUUUUGGUGGUAUCUCUUCUCCCAGCAGACCCGCUCCUCCCUCAGCCGGAUACCGUAGAUCUCAUCCGCGACAACGCAGGUCAACCUCAUCACGCACCAUGACGACAGAAAUCGGGCGUGAAGAUGAUGACGAAGGAUACUAUGGCCCUCCUGACUACGUUGUUCAUAGUCCAGGUGGUUCAGAUUCCUCCCAAGAGUCGGACGAAGUCUUUCUUCGGCAAAUGCAAAUCGCAAGAGGCUCCGUAUCGACAAAGAUGGUGGCUUCCAAGAUGACACUUCGAUCACUCGAAAGUGUCGAGCUGCAAGACUUAUCCGAAGCAGACAGAAGCUGCGUCAUCUGCUACAAUGACUAUUGCGUAGAAACUCCCGAGGGUGUUAAAGAAACCCCUCUUCGGUUGCCCAAAUGCGGGCAUGUUUUUGGUGAUCAUUGCAUCAAGAAAUGGUUUGAGGACUCGGAUAGCUGUCCAUACUGUCGAGACAAGCUUCAUGCGGAGCCAAAGACGCAAGCCGGUAGCUCUAGUAGGGCAUUCAUGAAUCUCAUGAGGUCCCGAGGCCUCCAUGUUCCUCCCGGAAUGGUAGCUCAACAAUUACCAGAUGAGGUGUUGGCCCAUCUCAGAGCUCACCAUGCAAUUGCGGAUCGACGAAAUGGCUCUCCGCCUCACACCGCAACGGCAGUAAGAAGAUCGCCACCGAGAGAAGGCAUUGAACACCAGCACCGCCGAACUAGAGCACGUCAUGAUAACUCGAACACGCACAAUGCUCUAUCCGUUCCCGAAUCCCGCAACCGAGCAGUUUCCACUGAGACGCCUCUGCCUGCUGUUGAACUACCCGCCAUACGCCCGCAACCAGAGCAAUUGGCAGCGGAAAGACAGGCUGAGGAACGGGUACGAGGCAACGCCCAGGAUGCGAAUGCAGCGUCGAUGUCAGCCCAAGAUCGCAGCGCCGAGACUCAACUGUCUCCCGCGGUUUUGCCAGAGCUAUCUCCGUAUCCUUCACAGGAUGCACAGGAUCAACACCCGAGAGCCAGGACUCUUCGAAACCCUUUGCAAGUGCAGACUGAUUCGCCUUACGAAGGUCUGGGAAACAACGAAACUGCGCCAGAUAUGCCUUAUCACUCAAAUCAGAGAUGCAUGCUGGACGGGUGCGAUCUAGGAAUUCUCGCGUUGCAGAUAUACAAUGAUGGUCAACCGAUUUUUGGGAGGUGUUUCUGGUUGCUUUUGGCUGGGCCACAAACUUACGGAUACGGUCGGAUAUUGGAAGUAGUUUUAUGGGGCGCAAGGGCAAGAUUGGAGGAUCACUGCAGUAUCAAACGGGUGACCUAUUACCGUAGCGGAAUUAGCGACAAUAUCUGA